UUUGCCAGACGGAGGGUACAGCAGAUCCAAGAGGCUCAGCGUCUCUUCGACCCGCGUUACCUUUGUUCCGUCUACCUCUACGGUCUCCGUCGUCUUGGAACUACCUUCAUCACAUUUAGCUCACUCGCAAAACUUGAACAGCGCGUGCGAGCAAGGUUUGGAAUCCACGAAGUCGUUAGUAUUUACCGUGAACGACUCCAGCGAGUUUCGAGUCUUGAACACGUCAACGACGGCGACACACUAUGUAUUACCCAGAAUGCGUACGAUGAUAUGACUAUCCUGUGCGACUGGAUGAAAAAGCGGCAGCAAGUAUUGCACGGUUUUCAACAUCAAGCGCCUCGAUCGUCGUCACCACAACUAUGGGAUUCCAAUGGUCGCAGCAUCGGCGUCAAGACACAACAUGCAAUUUAG